AUGCACACCAGCUCUAUUAAAUUAAGUAUAAUCCAGCCAUGUCUGGGGAAGUCAGGAUGUAUUUUGUUUAAAACUCUCGUGGACUGGUAUAUAUUGUGUGAUAUUUUGAAAUAUUUCACACUUAUCGCGCCCUCGUCACUUAGUAAUAUGCCGAAAGAAAAUGAUCCAUCCGGGGAUACGGAUAGCGUAACAGUAGUGAAUAAACCAGAUGAAGUGAAAUUAAAACGUUCCAUUGGUCUUGUGACCAGUAUUACCAUCAUUGUUGGAUCAAUGAUUGGAUCCGGUAUAUUUGUUAGUCCAACAGGUAUACUAAAAAAUGUCAAAAGUAUUGGAGCUAGUCUUGUCAUAUGGGUUGCUUGUGGUAUCUUCAGUAUGCUUGGUGCAUAUUGUUAUGCAGAACUUGGUACAAUCAUUGAACGGUCUGGUGGGGAUUAUAUCUAUGUCUAUGAAGCAUUUGGUCCAUUUUUUGGCUUUUUACGUCUAUGGGUAGAAGUAAUGGUUGUUCGGCCAGUAUCUAUCGCUAUUGUAGCUCUGACAUUUUCAGAGUAUGUAUUACAACCUGUAUAUCCAGAUUGUGAGAUACCCAUUAUUUUAUUGAGAAUUUUAGCAGCUUUAUGUAUCACAUUUUUAAGUUUUGUCAAUGCUUUCUCUAUCAAAAUAUCAACACGUAUACAAGAUGUAUUUACAUUUGCUAAACUAGCAGCCUUGGUUAUGAUUAUAAUAACUGGAUGUGUACAAAUUGGAUUAGGUCGUUAUGAUGGUUUAAGAGAUCCAUUUGAAGAUUCUGAUUGGAGUCCUGGUUUAAUAGCCAAUGCAUUCUACAGUGGUUUAUUUGCUUAUUCUGGAUGGAAUUAUUUAAACUGUAUGAUUGAAGAGAUGAAAAAUCCAAGAAAACACUUACCUAUAGCAAUUAUUGUCUCUUGUGUCCUGGUGACUGCAUUUUAUACAUUUGCUAAUGUUGCAUAUGCAACUGUUGUACCAGUUGCUGAAAUUUUGAGUACAAGAGCAGUGGCUGUGACAUUUGCAAUAAGAAUCUACGGUGUAAUGUGGUGGAUAAUGCCGAUAUUUGUUGCAUGUUCAACAUUCGGUGGUGCUAAUGGAACUGUGCUGACUACAUCAAGAAUAUUUUUUGUCGCUAGUCAAGUGAAUCAAAUGCCAACUUUCUUCAGUUAUUUACACACUAGUCGAUUGACACCAAUUCCAGCAGUUAUAUUCACUUGUAUAAUGUCUUUAGUUUAUCUACUCUCUGGAGAUAUAUUCGCUUUAAUCAAUUAUAUGGGAUUUGUUCAAUGGUUAGCUAUUGGUCUCUGCGUACUCAUUGUAAUAAUCUUUAGAUUUACACGUCCUAAAGUUCCCCGUCCAGUUAAAGCUCCAAUAGCAUUUGCCUAUAUCUACGUACUAGUUACCCUGUUUUUGGUCAUUUUCGCUUUCGUUGGAUCACCUCAAGAGUCAUUAUAUGGUGUACUAAUCAUUCUAACUGGUAUACCAGUUUACAUAAUUGGCUGUGCAUGGACAAAUAAACCGAAAUCGUUUAGUCAAAAAAUGGCGGCACUGACUGUCGGUUUACAAAAACUUCUACGAAUUGUUCCAUCAAAUUGAAUUGUAAAGAAACACAAAGAAAACGAAUCAACCUGAAUAAGAUGGAUGAGAUGAGAUCAGAUGAGAUAACUCAACUAGAGUUCAUUCAAUUCCAAACUGUUAUUUUUUACAUUUUAAUUUUGAUUAUUUCUCAAAUUUAUUCAUUGUUCCACAGUAUAUAUAUAUAUAUCUAUACAUGUACGAAUUCCUAGUAUAAUAUAAAUCAGUUUGUAGACAUCAGGAUACCGGUACAAUGAAUACAACCAGCAGGAUAAUAACUGAUACGAUCUUUUUUCGCCACCCCACCACCACCUUCCCUGUUUCGUUCUUUCAUUGUAACUUAUUCUUUUGUUCAUUUUCAUGUCUCCUGUAUGCACUGAGAGAGACAUAAGGGAAACUCACCCCUCAGAGUUACUAUGUUUCAGUUUUAUAAACGAGACUGUUCACCGUCAAUACCUCUCCCUUAAAUCUCUAAUUUGCCCUUUUCCAAACACAUAAUGUUCAUUUAUUUUUUGUUGUUGAAAUUUCAUUGUAUUUUUUGUUUUUGCAUAUCAAAGGAACACUCUAGUUUUAGUUUUCUUUUUGUGUGCAUUGCUCUCCUGUUUUGUUAUGUAAUUAUGAGUGUUUCAAUAUCACUGUGUUAUAUUUAUACAUAUUACGUAUUGACAUUAUAUAUGUGUAUCUGUAUGGCUGUGGGUUUGUGGAAAAUUUUCUUGAAUACCGAUUCUAUUUUGUAGUUGCUGAAUUAAAAAAUUUUGUUGGUGGUUUGUUUUGUUAUUUCUUCUUUUGUAUAAUUAUUGUGUUUCCCCUUUUUAUGUCUUGGAAAUACUCCAAUUAGUAAUGUCUAAUAAGGUAAAUACAAUUGGAGAACUGUGAUU